GAGUUUAGAGCAAGAGGCUCUGGGUUACUGCUCAUGUUAAAAAGUGGAGUGGACACACACUGACAAACUUCUGCUUAGCCUGUGCACAAGCCAAUUGUUCAAGUGUGUAAUUUGUGAAGCAGCAAACAAGAAAAGGGCAUGAUAAAUUAUAUAUUUCUGUGUAAUCUCAGAAAAACGUGAUAUCGUUAAAUAAGCAUCAGCACAGCAUGAGCGUGCUUGUUGUUGCCUAAACACAACAGUCAGAAGUGAUAUUAUAGCCAUGUUGAAUUUCACCACCAAAUGAUAUUCAAGUCAAUCAUUUAACUUUGAUACCGAGCAGUGAUCAGAGCUCCAGCCUUUUUAACACCAGAAGCAGUAUGGGAUACUGACUGUGUCCGUUACAAACGACUCUGACAUAUAAGAGGAGGAGCCUGGAGCGCCUCCCUCCUCAAGACGCGCUUAUAUUUAAGAUGAUCCGCAGACAACGUGUCGGCAAUUUUACCUGGGUGCUCCUAAACAGUUGCUGGGGUCUGUUUCACGUCUCAGGGACUAAAGUAAAUUUGAAGAUGGAAGAGGGAUUCCAUUACACCUAUGUGUUCAAUAUGAACGACUUUAACAACUCCGAGGAAGGGUCGGGGGAUAUGGACGACUAUGAUGAGCUCUGUGAAGGAGCGCUCAACAAUGACUUCCAGAAAAUCUUCCUUCCAAUCGUGUACGGAAUAAUUUUCGUCCUCGGCAUCGUCGGAAAUGGGCUUGUGAUUGUUGUGAUGGGCUACCAGAAGAAGUCGUCCAACAUGACUGAUAAAUACCGCGUCCACCUCUCUGUGGCUGAUAUGUUGUUUGUGCUCUCGUUGCCCUUUUGGGCAGUUGAUGUGGCGAGCAGUUGGUACUUUGGUGGAUUUCUCUGUGUUGCUGUGCACAUGAUCUACACUGUUAACCUGUACAGCAGCGUGCUGAUCUUGGCUUUUAUUAGCCUGGACAGAUACCUGGCCGUUGUUAAAGCGACUAACAGCCUGUCCACCAGAAAACUUCUUGCAGAGCGCAUUAUUUACAUUGGCGUGUGGCUACCUGCUGCGCUGCUCACUGUGCCUGACCUGGUGUUUGCGAGAGCAGAAGAGAGGGGCAGCAGAACUUUCUGCGAACGCGUCUACCCUUUGGAGGGCAACGUGAUUUGGAUGGCUGUGUUUCGUUUCCAGCAAAUUCUGGUUGGAUUUGUGCUGCCCGGACUUAUCAUCUUCACCUGCUACUACAUCAUAAUUUCACGACUCUCUCAGGGUUCCAAAGGACAGACGCUGAAGAGGAAGGCUCUGAAGACCACAGUCAUCCUCAUUGUUUGCUUCUUCUUUUGCUGGCUCCCGUACUGCAUUGGCAUCUUUGUGGACACUCUCUCCCAGCUCAAUGUCAUCGGCGGCAACUGUGGGCUGAUGCAGGGCCUUCAGAAGUGGAUUCCCAUCUCAGAAGUGCUGGCUUACUUCCACUGUUGUCUGAAUCCCAUUCUGUAUGCGUUCCUUGGGGUAAAAUUCAAGAAAUCCGCCCGGAACACACUCAACAGCAGAUCCAGUCACAAGAUUCUGACCAAGAAGAGAGGAAUUAUCUCAUCAGUAUCCACAGAAUCAGAAUCCUCCAGUGUCCUUUCCAGUUAAUGAACAAACACAGUUUUUUUAUAUGUAGAUUUUUAAAGACAUUUGAAAAAGCAGACAGUCCUCAUUUUUGUACACAAUUGUUACUUGAAAAAAAAAAAAGAUUUAGUUUCAAUUGUCAUUUCAGAUUAGUACUUUUGUAUACACCUUGAGUUUGGCCUCUGCUGGUGAAUGACUAAUUGUGUAUUUAAACAGCUUUAUUUUUUAUGCUCUGAAUCAUGUGAGCCACUGCUUGUAAAUGUUUGUGUAUAGUUUGCUUGCCGUUAUGUAUAGGCACUUAAUUGCUUUGAGAGGUUAUUUAUUGUUGUGGUAGCUUACACUGUUUUCUUGUCAUUGCAUUGAUUUGUUGAGUGUAAUAUAAUGUUCAUAAUAAACCAUGAGUGUUUUUAAAACAUGAAA